AUGGUAAAUAGGCGAAGAAGGAAUUCUGUGGACCCUGAUACAAUCAUUGAACCUGUGUUGAACAUUGAUGAGACACUCAUGUACACUUACAGAGGUGAUAGGUUCUACCAAUUUGGGCCUGGACAUUUGCAUGGCUGGGUAGAAUCUAGCAACAUUGUUAUCUUUUUUGAUAACGCAAUGGUUGUUCCGUUCCGAAGUGGUAAGGUCUGGUCGAUAGACGGUACAUUUGAUGUCUGUCCUGUUGGAUGGGCUCAGAUGUAUACCAUCUCAAUCCUUGUUGACCACCACGUCCUUCCUAUCGUCUAUGAUCUGCUUCCUUCGAAGUCAGGUAACUGCUAUCUGGAGUUCCUAAGUCACUUGAAUCGUCUGAUUCCUGGCUUAGACCCUGAUGUUGUCAUAACUGACUUCGAAAAGGCUGCAAUCAAUGCCUUCAAGACGGUAUAUCCAUCGUCUAGGAUGUCUGGUUGUAUGUUUCACCUGGGGCAAAGCAUCCAAAGGCGAUUGGAUAGCUCUGGAAUGAGUGAGUCGUAUGCCAGUGAUCGUGUUGUGCGUAAGUUUGUUCAGGCUCUGAAGUGUUUAGCCUUUGUUCCUGCAGCUCAGGUUCAACAAACAUUCACUUGGUUACGUAAUCACGAUGACUUCCCUUCUUGUCUAGCCUCCACAUAUGCUUAUUUUGAUAAGACAUAUGUGAGUGGUGCUAAUGGCAAUGGUCCGCUGUAUCCUCUUUGCCUUUGGAACAACCGUGAGAAUGUUUUGGCAGACAUUCCACGUACCAAUAAUGGCAUUGAAGGUUGA